AGGACCCAUAUUCUGAUUCUUGUACACCACAUAUUUUUGGCAUCUUCCCCUUAAUUUUAGAAGUUCUAUGAUAACUCGUGCUUGUAGUAAGUUCAUGAUUAUUCAGUUGUGAUUCAUAUGCUGCUUUUCUGUAAAAUAUUUUGACUUAUUCACCAUUGAUGUAGAACUAUUAUGUUAGUCUUGUGAUUUGGUUUUGCUAUUUUACGAGUAUGGUCCGUGGGAUAUUUACCUGGGAAGAUUUUUGAGGAAAACACAUUAGACAUCGUUGACAUACGACCUGUAACCUAGUCAUUGGCAUAGGCACUUCCAUUUGCUGCUGUCUGUUUUCCUUCAUCGGUCUGUGAACCCGACUAAAGUUUAGGGUAGAUUUCGGAUGAUUUGACCUGGAGGUACUCUAACGGGCUUCAACAAGAGAUCGGCUUUUAUAGAAAGAUUUUCAACAGAUAAACAAAGGUUGCAGUGACGCUAGAAAAGUACAUGGCUUUAUGUCAACGAAUUAGCGACGUUUUUAUCUGGGAAGUUAAAUUGCCGUAAAGAUCGACGUAGCACUCACCAUCCAGUUCAAGACGACAACUCGUGGUUUCGUCUAGAUGUCGAUUUGCGUUUGUCAACAGAAGAAAAAGAAUAGAGAACAGGAGAUUAAACAGCUGCUCGUACAGUUGUAGUGCCACAGAAACAAGUUGUUGAGGUCUUCAACUGCCGGCCACGACUUGCUUAGAGAACAUUUUCCGGGAUCCUCCACCGGAACAGACAAGGUGUAGUUUGGCAGAAGAAAAGAGGAUGGAGAUCGCUGAUAGCGGUCCGCCCGUGGCCGCCCCAUCAAAAACAGCGGCAGUCGUAGCAAGUUCGUCUCGUGCGACGAAUACGACCGCUGCUAGCAGUUCGACGGAGCUUGCUGGUCACCCGGGGAGUGUGUCCUCGGCUGAUUCGGCAGCGGAGCCUCCGAAUUCUUUACCGCGCGCCAACGUCGGGAACUCCACGGAAAUCGCGUCCAGCCGGUCGCGGUCGACCACAGGAGAGAAGCUGGAUCGGGCUGAGAAGCUCGAGCAGCAAGCGGAGCGUCUGCAGCAGCAAGCAGAGGCGAUGCAGCAGCAGGCUGCCGAGAUCCAGAAGCAAGUGUUGAAAGAGCGCAAGUACGCAGAGCGAAGGGAAUACGCCGAGCGUCGCGAACGCGAGCGCACUGCGGCCACUGGAAGCAAUAGCAGCGCAAGCGCGGCUGCUGGAAGUGCGAACGGCCCGGGUGGUGGCAUCGCCCUGAGUGGAGGAAGCAGUAGCGCUUCAACCGCGGCUCUCGCGAGCAGCGUUGCUCCGGGCAGUGGGCCGAGCGCCGCGACGAGUGCGGACGCCGGUAUGUCAGCUGCCGGCGAUAAAAUAGGCGGAGCAGGAACUCAUCUCGGGGGGUCAGAGCAGAUCGGUGGAACGGCGCCUAGCAGUUCCGUCGUCGUGAACAAUGGCUUACCUUCGCCAGUACACAAUAAUGCCAGCAAUGGAGGAGAUGGUAGUUUUAACAACUACGGCGACGCUUUCGCUGGAGGAGUGGCCAACAUCGCUGGCUCACCGGUGGAUCAUAAGGGUGAGCGCUCCUCAAGACGAAGAAGGAGUUCCGAAGAGAAGAAGGACGGCUCUUCUUCCGCAGACAAGAAUAGGGUACAAGAAUUUGCCUCUAGAAUUUUCUCUGUUUUGUUGUUGAUUCGCGUAUGGAUUUAUCUUUGUUAACAAGUGGCCUCCUCCCAUUCUCCGCUUCGCAUCGGGAUAGGAGAGUAGUCAAAGUCCACCCUUAUACAGUUAUUUCGCUUAACGUAAGGGAAAAAAGGUUAGUCUUCCAGUUAAUCCCACAUAAAAGGAUUUGCUUCUGUUGUUGCUUCAAAAGUGUUGUCUUGGAAGAUGCCAUCCUACCUUACAAUAGAGAAGCGAUUCGACUGUAAAGAUCAAAACAUUUUCUCUCGUUAGGCACCGGUCUCAGCGACAGACGAGAAGAUAAAGUCAGAGCUGAAGAACAGUUUGCCUCCUGCAGUUUCUACGAGUCUGAAGGACUUUCGACAGAUGGCUUUGCUCGGUGAGGGCGCAUACAGUGCGGUCUACAAAAUUCUGCGGCUAUCAGACAACAAGAUAUACGCAUUGAAGAAGGUACAUGGUUCUGUUUUUUCUUGCGGAUGGGAGCGAUUUGUGAUCGGCUGAAGGUGUCUUCGAGUGUAAAAGAUUUCUUGUUGGUUCUCCAUUCUUUAUUUUCGUCGCUCCUCUUAUUUUCAAGUCUGUCCUACGUUGAUACCCAUCUUUCCAACACACUGUACUUCAGGUGAAGCUUCCAACCUUGUCGGAGAAGGAGAAGCAGAACAGUCUCAACGAAGUGCGGCUACUAGCGUCUAUUCAGCACGAAAAUGUCGUCGGCUACAAGGAGUCAUUCUAUGACGACGCCAGCAGGUACAUUUUCAUGAAUGCUGAUGGUGGUGUAAAUCAUCAAAUCUUCUAAGUCGAACCCAAAUUUUGUUGAAGUGAAUUACGCGAGCAUGCAUUGAGAACGAGUCGGGCAGUUAUUUUCACAGUCGCGAAACAUGCAAAUGCUGACUAACGAAAUUUCUUUUCGAAAAACAGGUGUCUCUGCAUUAUUACCGAGUAUGCGGAUGGCGGAGAUUUGUUCCAGAAGAUAAGUCAUCAUCAAAAGAUGAGAACUUUCUUUCGUGAAGCCGAUGUCUGGCACUGCACCUUCGGAAUGUGUCACGGGUAAUAUUUUGUUAGACUUCUCUCAGCUUGAGCUUAUUCCACCACGAAACUACUUUCAACGCAUUGCAAAGAGGUGAGUUUUGACUUCAAAACGGUUCAUGCGAUCACAGUUUCGCUGCUAGCCCUUACAACUUAUUUGCCACUAUGGUGAGGCUAUCUAUCACUCCUACUGCUGCUAAUGCCACACAACCUCUACCCGACAUCAUAGGUUGAAAGCACUCCACGAGCUGAAGAUCCUUCAUCGUGAUUUGAAGUGCGCAAACGUCUUCCUUGGUAGCAAGGGAGAGGUAAAACUUGGUGACCUGAACGUCUCGAAGGUCGCAAAGCGGGGUCUCUGCAUGACUCAGACCGGAACGCCUUACUAUGCGAGCCCAGAAGUGUGGCGAGAUAUGCCUUAUGAUGCGAAAAGCGACAUGUGGUCGCUUGGAUGCGUCAUCUACGAAAUGGUCGCUCUCAGGUAUUAAUUACUAUCCAUCUGGUAGUAGCAGUAGUACUUGGAGGAUGUUUCAUUGUGUCCACUAGUUUCUAGAUUUCCAAGAUUUAUGUUUAUGAAGCCUACUUCAGUUUUUUGCUUUGGUUCUUUCUUCUUCUCAGGUAGGUAACGCGGCUUUAUGCCGCCUGCCUCCUUAAUUCACAUUUCAAUAACCACUAGGUCGCUAUUAACCCUAUAUGUUACGAGCUCCCACAAGAAUAGGUUCAAGAAAAACAACCAUUCUCGAAAAACUUAUAGGCCGCCAUUCCGUGCUGAUGAUAUGGAGAGUCUCUAUCGCAAGAUUCUGAGAGGGCAGUAUCCCAGAGUUCCGUCCGUGUACUCACGGGAUGUAAAUGAGGUGAUUGCCUUGCUUCUACAGGUGAACCCAAGACAACGACCAGCCGUGGAUGUGCUGCUGCAGCUUCCGGUACUAAGAAUUGGACAAUAUAUAUUGCCGAUUAGAUUAUAAUCAUUAAUUUUGAUUUCGACUGAUGCUCGUCAUAGUACAUAGAAAAAGAAGUUGCACAGCAACUAGAAUAGUAAAGUGGUUGUAUGAGCAAUAAGUCUUCCGAACAAACUUGCAUCAGGUGAUGCAGCGACACAUACAUUACGACUCUGCGAGCAGGAAAGGAGGGCCACGACACGUCUCAACUGAUUUGCUGGCCACGAUUAAAAUGCCGAAGGACAACAACAUGGGCGAUAUGGCUGUCCAAAUGCCACGACCAAGGUACUUGAAAAGGAUAUUAUGAUUCAUAGAUUUCAUCAGCAGAAAAAUGGCAGAAUUAUAUAGCAGAACUUCUACAUGUUUGCAACUUCUUUCUAAGCAAAUAUCUUGAGACAAUCUGCUACAUCGUAAAAUUCCUAUAGGUAUGAGGACACGAUCCCUGAGGAGCCUGAGCGUGAGGCGUACGCGAAUUCUAGCAAUAGGCGGUCGCGACAAGAGAAAACUAGGAGAAACAAACAGCCGGUCGACAGUUUGGACGCGCUAACGUACAACAUUCAGCAGAGGCAACAGCCUGUCGCUGCCCAGCCACAGGAGUAUGUCCCGCAGGAUGGCUACACGGGAAGCCAGGGACCCUACCAGAUGAAUGCGCAGGUAAUAUUUUUCAGAGCAUUAGUACUUAGAUGUGUGUUAGCUGGAGAGGUGCCUACCUUGGAAGAUGCAGUGCAUUGGAAUGGCCACUUUUGCUACAUUUGAUUCGACUUACGAUUGUAUGAUUGAUAAAGAAACUCAUCAUGCCUCGAGCUGUUCAGAUUCUGAAAACCAAAACUUCCACUCUUUCUCUCUUUCCAGGGACCGCACAACUACCACCAGCCACGGAUAUUACCGAAUCCAGUGCCGAGUCCAGCUGUCGCUGUCAGCAGCCGUCAGGGUAUUGCAGGUAAAAAAGUUAGUCUGAUUUUCAUUUUCAUUUUUUUUAUGCAUCCUGAUUCACCGCUGCCAGGAAAGAAGCGCACUGGUGUGUUACUGAUUUCCAUUGAUUUCUCGUCCUCUUUGAUUGUAAUUUUCUUAUGCUCUUUGCAUGGUUUACUUUGUCGGGCAUACCGUAACAUAGUCAGAGUGGCGACACGGUGCAGACAAGCGCGCAAGCAGCAGAAGUGGCGUGGCAAAGCUUUUUCUUUCAAGCCUGAUUUGAGAGACAAAUGACUUGAGAGACUUUCAAAUGACAUUUUCCCGUUGCGGCCAGGGACAAGGACAAGCUAGGGACACCGGUGCAUUUUUCUGAAAACGACCAUCACGAGAAGCGCAAGGAGUUUCAGGUCGAAGACUCGGAAGGUUUCCGCCCGGUAGUCUGAAAAUGAAAGUUGUCUUGGCUACCGGAUAUAACCUGCCGGCGGCCAAAAAGUGAAAGUCUUGGCUGCCACCGGAUAUUCUAAAAGCUUUGCCUCGUUGCUGCUGCCUCGACGCUUGACAUCGAAAAAAAAUGAAAAAGUGUCUCUCGUAGUACUGGAUGUGUGUUUGAUGUUAUUCUUUUCUCGUGCUGGUUUGUGACUUUUGUUUGCUUAUGGAAUGUCAGGUAGUGAUCGUGAGAGAAGUGCAAAUGGAGGAAGAAGGGACCGUCGCGAAAGAUCAAGUCGGAAAGAAAUGGAGUAUCAAGCUCAGAUUCAACGAAGACCGCACGGCGGAAUUCACUUGGAGCCUAUAGGAAAUGGAGCAAGACCUGGCUCAAGAGCAAAUGAAUUUGGACACCCUCAAGAUGUGUAUGCACAGCAGAAUAGAGGUGGAAGUAGGAGUGGCAGCCGUGGCGCAGGAAGUGGGGCCUACAAUGGUCAAAAUACUCAUGCUCAAUAUCAAGGUCAAAAUCAUGGUCAAGGUACUCAGGGUAGGGGUUAUAACAAUCAUGCAGCUGCUGCUCAAGGCGAAUCCAUGGUUUUAGUGAGUGGCGAAUAUCGUCCAGCAUCGAAGCAAACUGGUCAGAGGGAGAGGCCUGGAGGAGCCCAUGGAUCUCAACAAGGUUCGCGCGCUUUAGAGGGAACGAGAAAUGGCAUGCCUGAGCCGCCACCUGGAACACCUGGUGGGCGGAUCCCGAAAACCGACUUGCCCGUGUAUGUGCAAGAGUACGCCGAAGCAGUGAGGGAGCGGGCAGCGAGCCGAGGCGGAGGACAAGCAAGGCCGCCCGCCAUGCCUGUACCAGGCAGCGGGCGGCCGCCAGCGAUGCCUGUGCCGCCCUCUGGUGGAAAUGAGUAUCAGCAGAGGCAGCAACUGAACCAGCAAGUGGUGGAAAGAGCUAUUUCAAAACAGGGCAGUCGUCAGGCUGCUCAACGUACGGCAACCCCGACUUCCUCCAGUGCUGCGCAACAAGCCCGUGGACAAGCUCAACAACCUCAACAAGCCGUGUACAAAUCCCAAUAUCAGGAGUAUCAGCAACGAAAAGCUGCCAUGGCCGCUAAUACCUCAAAUCAACAACAGUCUUCUUCCUCCUCAAGGCCUCCUCUUGCAGGAUCCUCACCCUCCGGUGCCAGAGAUUAUAUUCCAGAUGCGGAGCGUCUGCACGCUGAAAUUACCGGGAGCUAUAAAAAUUAUGUGGGCGCUUACACCCCUCCAACAUCCUUGGACCGAGCUUCUAGAAAUAAUCAACAGCACCCGACUUCAUCGACCUCAGUCGCAGCAGGUGCGGCCGCUAGUUCUUCCUCCCAUGACCUCCUCGACCCGCAGCAGUACCGCGUCCCCAGCUCCUCUUCAUCCCAAAAGCCUCCUCUGCUUGAGCCCAUAGAUCCCUCAACAGGUCGUCCGGCGAUCCAGCCGCCGUACAACCGACAGCCGGGCGCUUACGACGCCAUGAAGCGACCAACGAACAAUUACUCGCAACCGGGAAAUGCCGUGGCCUCACAUGGUGGACUGCAGCAGGUGCCUAGCAAGCGAUACAACGGCGUGCCGAAUCCAAUGCCGGAUCGGUAUAACCCUGGAGUACCUAACUCCGCUAGCAAUCUGGUCGCAAUGAAAGCACCGGCCUAUCAUCGUGAAGACCGUUACGCACCACCCAGUGGCGCAGGAAGGUACAUCUUUUGGAAUUAGGAUUUUCAUUCUAUCUUGUUGUAAUCUUCUUUGCCAUGUUUGUAGAUUUUUUCCAUCUGAGCAUUUCUUUAACCACUAUCGCUCGAUUGAAACCUAAUUACCGAGAUCGUGAGCUCCGAUCGAAAAACACUUUCUUCAAUAAUACUAUGAUGAACUAUACAACAGGUAUGAGAAGAGCGCUGCGCCGAAUAGGUACCAGAUUGGUGCGAGCAGACGUCCGCCAAAUCGCCUUCGCGAGCAGUACAACCGACCGGGGCAAUUAGCUCCGAUGCGUGUUUUCUAGCCGCGCCGACUUCUAGAGACGCACGAGUAGGGAAAAAGCGUCGUUAUAGUUCAAGAAGAGAUUCCGAGUUUACAACCGCCCGUUAUCGACGAUAGAGCUAAGCUGCGACGAUGCAGCAUAAAAGCAAAUUGGGAGCAAGUUUGAAGAGGUACCGAAAAGAGAAUUAACUAGUAGUUCAUUAUUUGGGAAAAGCAGAUACGCAACACCAGAGUUAAACUAAGUGAAUCUUUCAUCAUCUAUGAGAACCAUUUGUAUUUGCAUGUUAGAAGCUUCGAAUCACAUUGAAAUAAGAGGGAGUGAAGUUAACAUAGUACAUGUUAGCUUCACUUCAAUGAAAGUUCCACUUGUCAUGUUGAGUGCUUUAUAGCCAUCGAUAUCAGCGAAACUUCGAAUGAAGUAUAGAAAAAUGAUCUAUGUUUAAAGGUAGUUAGGGAAAGUCUUGAUAAUAUUCAGCUCUACAAGUCGCGUUCACCACGACUAGAAGUUGUUACAACCAUUGAGUUUGUUGAGACAUCAUCGUAAAAAAGUUCCAAAUCUGAGUGUUCAUCAACAUCGCAUCAUUCUUCUAUACACCAGCAACCUUGAGAAUAGAGACAACCCGAACCAUGAGGAACUUGUUCAUCUUCAUCAGCAAUCAGGAGCAACACACGCUAUCCAAUAUUCAGAGAGUUCAUCAACAUCCUAAGAUAUGAUAGCUGCACAUAAAAAGUGCAAUAUCCGCUAUGUAGUCGUCAUUCGAGUUUUCUAGUUCCACAGAAAUCAAGGCAGUGUUAAAGCAGUAGAGAUCGUGCUAUAGAUUUGAAAUACAGUUAUCAGGUUCCUACACGUAGAGGGUGAUUUCGAAGAUGGCAGCUGAAUCUAGAGUCAUGGUAUGUAUAGAAGCUCUAAGAAGGUAGCCGUCGACAUGAAACACAACGAGGUGUUGCGACUUUACUAGUAGACUGUCCAUUGUUAAACAUGACGAGCAUAGACCUCGCGCCAUAGGCUGGAGCAUAUUUUGCAUAGUAGUAGAUUCAGUUGUAGUUUUACGAGCAAAGGCGAUAAUGUCAUGGUGAUGUAAAAAUGGAAAACAGCAAGCACUCCCAUGGAUAUGUACGAAGGGUGACUUUAGUAGAGCAAAAAAUUCGAAUUGAACACAUAUGUGUUGGCUAUUCGCCUACACCGCACGUUACCUGUUACUAAUGCCAUCAUCGACGAAUCACCAAUAUUUUUACGGAGAGUACGAAAUCAAGAGGACGUAAUCGUCCUAGUUAUCUCAGGAGACCGCAAGGUGGAUGACUAUGAGAACCGUAAGGAAGAACUAGCGGCCUGCAUAAAGUGACCUGAAGGAGCCGAACGUAAAGAAGGCUCAGGUCGAACGCCGUUACAAUGCCGUUACAUGUCCAUGAUCCUUGUAUAAUAUGUAUAGAGCGCGCUUCGCUUAGGCAUGCGUCUUUACUUCCUUAAUGAUGCGUUGCGGGGCGAACAAUGCUGAUUCCUCUGAAGCAUGAUCAGUUACAGAAUGACACUACUAGGCAGUAAAGGAAUAUCACAUAGGAAACCUACAUGCGGUGACUUACUCUCUGUAAAUUACGUCAUUGAAGAACAAGAUGAAAAACUGGAGAAAGCAUGAUAUCAUCGAUGGUCCACAAGUGGGUCAGUAAUUAACUCAUUUAGGAGGAUUGUGAUCAUGAUUGCGCAAUCGACUCUGUCGACUGAUCACUGCGAACGCAAGAACACUAUUAAAGAUUGCAAGACUGGGUUGGUGCUAUAAUCAUCGAGUAAGCACAUCAUCCUGUGCUACAAAAGAGAAGAAAAGAAUCACAAAAAAUCGGCGAAACCGCACUGAGCUCUG